UUUGGUGUAGUGUUCCAAAACAUGGAGGCUAACUUGACAUAUCUAUCUUUGUAUUUGAACCUUCUUUUUCCUUUCUUUGUAUUAUCUUUGUGAUGCUCAUUUUGGAUUCCGUUCCCAGCCCUUUCUCACCCACCCGGGGAGGUUUUGACCUGAGAGCUUUUCCACUGGUUGGUCCUGCGAGCUGUGGAGGCCAGCCUGCUCCACCCCUCCAGCAGAGCCCCACACAAGCUCAGGGCUGGAGAACUCAGGGCUGGAGUGCGCACGGCACUUCCCGGCUUCGGCUACUGUUCCUACGUUCUCUCUGUGCUUCUGAGAAGUGACUUGGGGUCACUUGGGGAUUCUCAAAUUCACCAGAGACACCACCCUUGCUUCUGCUGCUUCCCUCACCGCUGCUGGUAGCACUGAAAAUGCCUCGUGUAAAAGCCGCUCAAGCUGGAAGACAGGGCCCUGGAAAGAGACGACUUGCGGAAAACUUUGCCCCUGGGGAGGUAAUCACUGACAUGACGAAGAAGGAGUGGAAGCUGGGCUCUCCCAUUGGCCAGGGCGGCUUUGGUUGUAUAUAUCUUGCUGAUAUGAAUUCUUCAAAAUCGGUGGGCAGCGAUGCACCUUGUGUUGUAAAAGUGGAGCCCAGUGACAACGGACCUCUCUUUACUGAACUGAAGUUCUACCAGCGAGCUGCCAAACCAGAGCAAAUUCAGAAGUGGAUUCGUACCCAUAAACUGAAGUACCUGGGUGUUCCUAAGUAUUGGGGGUCUGGCCUACAUGAUAAAAAUGGAAAGAGUUACAGGUUUAUGAUAAUGGAUCGCUUUGGGAGUGACCUUCAGAAAAUAUAUGAAGCAAAUGCCAGAAGGUUUUCUCGGAAAACUGUCUUGCAGCUAAGCUUGAGAAUUCUGGAUAUUCUGGAAUAUAUUCACGAGCACGAGUAUGUACACGGAGAUAUCAAGGCCUCAAAUCUUCUUUUGAGCUACAAGAAUCCUGACCAGGUGUACUUGGUAGAUUACGGCCUUGCUUACCGGUAUUGCCCAGAAGGAAUUCAUAAAGAAUACAAAGAAGACCCCAAAAGAUGUCACGAUGGCACUAUUGAAUUCACCAGCAUCGAUGCGCACCAUGGUGUUGCCCCGUCAAGACGCGGCGAUUUGGAGAUCCUUGGCUAUUGCAUGAUCCAGUGGCUUAGCGGUCGCCUUCCUUGGGACGAUAAUUUGAAAGAUCCUGACUAUGUUAGAGAUUCCAAAAUUAGAUACAGAGAAAAUAUUGCAGAUUUGAUGGACAGAUGUUUUCCCGAGAGAAACAAGCCAGAUGAGAUUGCUAAAUACAUGGAAACAGUGAAAUUAUUGGACUAUGCCGAGAAACCUCUUUAUCAGAACUUGCGAGACACUCUUCUGCAAGGACUGAAAGCUAUAGGAAGCAAGGAUGACGGCAAACUGGACCUCAGCCUCGUGGAGAAUGGAGGCUUGAGAACAAAGUCAAUAACGAAGCGCAAGAAAGGAAUUGAGGAGAGCACCAAAUCCAGUGUUGAAGAUAUGGAAUGCUCCAAUACACAGACAGAAGAGGCCACAAAAACCCGUGCUACAGCCCCCAGACAAGUCUUUUUGCUCUGCCGUGCGAAGUGUUCAGAAAGCAGAGGUGGCAGAAAUUACAUGAAAAUGGUUCCAAGGCCCUGUCUGUUCGCGUAGAGGUCAGAGAAAGCACAGCCUGCAGAAGCACGAUUCGAGGUCAAGAAUCCCAGACCCCUGCUGUUCCCAGUGAACUGUGUGAUGCACAUAGAAAAUGUUUGGAAGCAAGGGUCGAGCUAAGUGAACAGUCAUGAUAAUACCUGGUUGGUCUUUUAGCAGCAAAAUUGGGGGGAAAUAGGAAACUUU